AUGGCCUCUUUCAAGGAAUUGUCCCUUUCUCGCCCGCUUCCUCAAUCCAACUCCCGUCAUCACUCCCAUUCCAUCUCGCUCGGUGCGGUCAACGCCAAUCAUCGGGUGACUCGUCGCAAGAGUGUCACCACAGCCGCUGCUGCUAAUGCGGCUGCUGCUGCGGUCGCUGCAUCCUUGAAAGAAUCGGGCGAUUCCAUGGGAAUUCCGAUGCCCGCACACCGCCGUGGAAGUCGGAAAGGCUGGGAAUCCAGCUCGGUCGGAGCCCCCUCCGGCUUCGGCUCUUAUCUGUCUCGCAGCAUGAACAGCCCCAGCCAGGAACCCCCGGUCGCUCGCAGGACCUCCCCUUCCCAUUCCACCACCAUCACCACCCCCGCAACAAUCACCGAGAACGCCGCUCCUAUUUCCUCCGACGCCAGCAACCCAGCUGCCAAGCCAGUCACCACCAAGAACCGCAACCGACGGGCCAGCGAAGGUGCCCACCAGGUCAAACCCGAGGGGAAGCGGUCCAUGGCCGAGCUUCGCUGCGAGCGUUGCGGGAAAGGGUAUAAGCAUGGCAGCUGCUUGUCCAAGCAUAUGUGGGAACAUGACCCUGCAUGGGCAAUCACUUCGAAACUCUUGAUUUCCAAGCACCAACAGGUGCAAUUGCUGGAGGCCGCCUCCGUCCUGGUCACUAUGACUCAGGAGGAUCCGGAUGAGAACGCUGAAGCCGACUCGGAGAUCUCAUCCUCCUCACCGGACGCAUCGUCGGAGCUUCGGGAGGGUCUCAGUUCCGCCGAGACGACUCCGCCCCCGAUGGACGAGGAUGAGGACGACGAUGAAGACAUGUCCAUGGAGCCCACGGCCGACAAGCGAUUCAGCGUUAGCAAUGCCUCGGGUCUCUUCUCGCAUUCCUAUCAGUCCGGACCCUCAAGCUCGUUCACGAGCAGCGCUCCCUGGGCGUCUCCAGCAUUCUCCCAUGUCCGGCAGUCGAGCAUCGACACGCGCCCUUCCACCGCGGAAGCUAAACUGCACGAGGACGACGAAGCCGAUCUGGCAGCUGCCAUUGGCCUCUGCAACUUUGGCACCCCUCGCAUGGGCCCUGUACCGCUGUCUCCGAGCGUGCCGCCAGUGCCUUCCCUCCCAACCCGAUUCCUCGAUCAACGCAGUUCCUCCGACAGCCAGAGUCACAGCUUAGAUCAGUCCAAUACAGGCCUCGCCAACGCGGCCUUUUCGAACCCCACUCCCAACAUCUUCCUUUCCCUUCCAUACAACCCCUCGUUGUCUUACAAGGUCUCCGAUGAGCGCGAAGUUCGAACGGGCGGAGCGGCAGACCGUGCCAAACGGCAAACCCGCAAUGCAGACGUUGAUUUCAGCAGUCGGCCAGCUCAGGCAGACGAUGAUGACGAUGGCAUCUUCGGCCGGAUGGAAGAAUAA